ACUGAUAUACAAUUAUUGCUAGUUCCAAGCGGUAAGAAGGAUGCUACGGUGCGCCCAUCGUUUCCAACUGCGCCGUUCCGCCUGUCCAAAGAAAGGCAGCGAUCAGUAAAUAAGAAUAUUAUAUUACUACCCGAUCCUGCAGUUGUGCAGAUUGCGGGUGUUGAGUUUGCUGUCUCGGCGUCUGAAAUCAUCCAGCGUUUGGGGAGAGAGCAGAUAAGCUGCUCUGGAAAUAAAGAGAACGAAGAUCGUAUGACUUGUCUUGUCAACGAGCUGUUCAGGCAGCGGUCGCUCUACCCGUUGUAUCCAUCAUCUGCUGAUAUUUCCUAUCGAUUAUCUGAAGCCAUAAAACGCUGUGUACUUUCGAGAAUACCUCAUUUCAUUAUACUUUCAUCAAUACUUGCACCUGUAGUAAAGGUCGUUUCCGGUUCGGUGUUUGUCAAUCCAAAUGUACUGGCACGAGGAAGCAGUGGUACAUUCGCGAAAUUAAAUAUUGACCUUAACAGUAUUGACAAAAAAAGCAUGGUGGAUUCAGCAGACAGCUCAGUUGCUGAUUUCUGCGAAAUUCACAUCGUCAGAUUAUGA